AUGCACCUAGUCGAGGGUGGCUGUACCGCUUCCAGCAGCGCACAGGGCUGUGGUUUUCGCAAGCUCCCGCCUAAUACAACUGCCGUACUGCAGCCCAUGGACCAGGGCAUCAUUAAGUGCCUGAAGAAUGAGUACCAGAACAAGAAGCAAGCCGCGGAACUGGACCUGUUCUACAAGGGUGUUCCUUACACGCCGGUCGACGUUUACUCCGCCAUGAAGUGGUUGUCUGAAGACUGGAACAACAUAUCUGCUAAGACUAUUAGAAACUACACAAAAAUCCGACAAGAGAUUACUGCCGGCAUGAUUCAGUUCAUGUGGCAAGCUCAUCCUGAGUGA